GCCCUCCCCGCAGCUUCGGCUCCCGCGCGGCGGCGGCGGUUCCUUCCCCCUCCCCCAGCCCUGGCUCCGGGGGACCCCGCGAUGCCGGUCCGCACCGAGUGUCCCCCGCCGGCGGGUGCCUCAGCCACAUCCGCGGCUUCACUCAUCCCGCCGCCGCCCAUCAACACCCAGCAGCCCGGCGUGGCCACCAGCUUGCUCUACAGCGGCUCCAAGUUCCGUGGCCACCAGAAGAGCAAGGGGAACUCGUACGACGUAGAGGUGGUGCUGCAGCACGUGGACACUGGGAACUCUUACCUUUGUGGGUACUUGAAGAUUAAAGGCCUUACAGAGGAAUAUCCAACCCUUACAACCUUCUUUGAAGGAGAAAUAAUAAGCAAAAAACACCCUUUCUUAACUCGGAAGUGGGACGCAGAUGAAGACGUGGAUCGGAAACACUGGGGCAAGUUUCUGGCUUUUUAUCAGUAUGCAAAAUCAUUUAAUUCAGAUGACUUUGAUUAUGAAGAACUGAAAAAUGGGGAUUAUGUCUUCAUGAGGUGGAAGGAGCAGUUCCUAGUCCCGGACCACACAAUCAAAGACAUCAGCGGUGCUUCCUUUGCUGGCUUCUAUUACAUCUGCUUUCAGAAGUCAGCAGCCUCCAUAGAGGGCUACUACUACCAUCGGAGUUCAGAAUGGUAUCAGUCCCUCAACCUGACCCAUGUUCCUGAACACAGUGCACCCAUCUAUGAGUUCCGGUGACAGUGGUUCAGAACAGUGGCCAAAUAAAACUGAACUUGGCAACAAAGAGCUUUGCCAAGGAAAUUAUGUACCUGCCAGAACCAGGAGAGGUGUGUUCCUGUUCCUUCAGAGCAGACUUCAUCAGAAAGCAUGAAUGUUAACCUACAGGAUCCAAGGAGCAUGGCCAACCUGCAGGCAGGCAGAGGGAGUUGUCCACCUCCCACCCUCCUUCCUCUCAGUGGCAUUGUGGUCACCAUCUGUUUCUGAACAACCUUAAAUGCACUUUCCUUCCUGCACAGCUAACUUCUGCAUCACUGAAAUGCAAUCUUUCCUCGGCCUGCUCUAGCCAAGUGGGAGGUCAGCUGCUGGGUCACCUUAGCCUUGGUGCUCAGUGAUCUCCACCCAGGCCCUACUCCUUCCCCAGUUGCUUGUUUGGUAGCCCAAGGAAAGGCAGAGCCCAGCAUCUUGUGCCCCAGAGCUCUAUGUGAGGAGUUGUCUGGGCCCAGCAUCUACCACCAAUGAAAUGAGAUGGGGACCCUGGUGGGCCUCAUCAAUGUUUGAUCCAGGUUGGAUGUCUUGUGGGGCCCCGUAUGUUAACAAUGCAAGACUAGCACAUGGCUGUCGGGUUUUCUGGGCCUGCUGUUGGGGAUCACUAAAUUUAAGGCUUCCAGAUCCCUGGCGGGAGUAGAUCCCAAACUGCUUUCUCAGUACAUUUGCUCCAAACUUCUGAACUUGAGGGCAAUACUAAAAUAAAAGAGUUUUUUAUUACAAAAUUAUUAUUUUUAUGGUACCUUUAACAAGGACCCUAUGGCAAAUGCACAAUUAUUCCGAAUUACAUUUUAUCGUUUUCACAUUGAAAACAGCAAAUGUUGACUUAGUGACUUUUAUAUCUAUGUCUAUAUGUAUAUUUAAUCAACCAGCAGUUUUAAAACAAGUCAUCCUGGUACAAAAGUUUUGCAGCAUUGCUUAAAUUACAGUGCUAAACACAAGAACUGUUUCCAGGGCCAGCUGAGCAUUUGCACCCCUCCUUUUGCUACUCAGAACACCAGUGUGUCAUGACAACCCUUUCCAAAGGCAGAGGGGCCUCCAUUCUCCGGAGAGGAUGAUUCAGAUGUUGGCAGGCGUGGUCAGGAAGAAAUGCGCUCAAAUAACUCGAGGCUCAUGUGCCAAAGUGUGAGGGAGGGGAGUGGUUUGGUUUGGUUUGGUUUGGUUUUUCUAAAUGUUUAAAAAGCUUAAUAGGUUGGCAUCAGUUGUAGUCCACAAUAUGUCAGGACUUUGGGGAAUUCUGGUGAUUUACAGGUCUAAACACAAGGAAAAAGCUUUAACAUGAAUGCAGCAUCAGGGCUGGGAGUGCAGCUGAUGGCACACGAGCUUGUCACACAGGAGGACCUCGCUUCUUUUGCUUCCAUUCCCUGUGUGGGAAAAGGAACACGAAGGGGUAGCAGGGUGGCCGGCCUCGCAUUGUGCUGGAUGUUACUGACUAUCUGGAGAGCCUUAAAGGAGCAGAAGUGGGGAAAGGAACCAGCAGGUACUUGUGAUAUCCAUACUCCCAAGACUUACCCAUUCAGUAAAGUUGGAGCCCAGAAACCAUAAAAAUAAAUCAUCCCAAGACUUAGGUAGAAAAAAAAUAAUUCACAUCCAUUGCUAGGGCUGAAUCAACGGUUCCUUUCCCUCAAAAAGCAAUUUGGGUAUGACGGUGCACCUAUAGUCCCAGCUACUCACUCAGAAGCCUGAGCCCAUGAAUAAGAGUCAGUCUAAGGUGAAACUAAACUUCAUCUGAUACCAAAAGCAACUGAAUAUCAGAUGUCCGCCUCUGAUCAGAAACUCCUGGUUUAUACCACGGGACACCAUUGCUUUAAUUAAGCUGAGGGACAACACUGAAGAUUGAAGGAGGCUGAGAGACUGGCUCUGCUGGCUUUUUCCCUGCAGCACCCUCGGCUCCUCUGACUGUCCUUUCCACCAUGCCGUUGAGCCCUUGUGUGCGUGCAGUAGAUGGAGUUACCCUGAAGUCACCUUGAGCUUGUGUAUAACUCAAGUAGCACAUCUGUGACCAGCUCCUCUUGUAAACUGGGCAGGCCAGGUUGAAGCUAGGGAUUUCCUCCCUGUACCUUCCCCUCCCUUUGUUUCUUUUAAUCUCUUUGUAGUCGUCUCACUUUGUAACUCUGGCUGGCCUGGAGCUCGCUUUGUAGCCCAGGCAGACCUUGAACUCACUGAGAUCACCUGACUACUCAGAGUACUAGGAUUAAAGGUGUAAGCCACCACACCUGCUUUUACUCUCUUAGCUAGGGAAGUGUUCCUGCUCUGCUUAGAAAGAUGAGGGAAGGAUGCCUUCAGCAGCCUUCAGACCCACCCGAAGACUUGCUGCUUAGAAGUCUGCCCCUGCGCACUGGGAAGGAAUAAACAUGUUCCACUUCCUAGUAACUUCCACCUGGUGGACUGUAACUACUUUUCCUUUUCUGUCCCUGGAGGACCUCUGGGAACGUGUCUCCCUUAGUAGCUCUUUCUCUAGCUGUCUGGGUGGUUUACACGCCUCUGGUACUGUGUGCAAUAUCUUUGACUGAUGCUUGUAUCUAACAUUGAAAAAUAAGUGCAGACUGCAAAUUUCCUACUGUUCUUGUCCAGCAAGCCAGCCCCCAGGCAGGGACUAGGUCUGGCUGGCCUUACCCUCCGCUCAGAAGGCUCCACUGCUGUGGCCAGCUGUGGCCCUCUCAUUCCCUGCUUACCCAUCUACCCACCUAUCUCCUUUAAGAUUGUCUAGCAUUUCAGCUGCAGUCCAAAAGUAAGUAGACAAUGCCUAAUACCAAGUAGACAGUUGGUAUACCGGCCCUGUUAGCAGUGUUGGAGUCAGACUCCAGUGGAACAAAGGGGUUUCUCAACGUCUUCUGCUUUCAGAAGCAGGGAAUUUAUAUUCCCUUUAAGGCCUUGAAUGGAUUGUUUUUCCUCAUAAGAUAGUCACUGAUAAGCUAAUUUUUAAAAAGAAAUGCCAUUAAGUAUGUUACAUUGUGGUUUAAAAUUACUAACAAGUUCUGGGAAAGAAAAAUACUUGAUUUUGAAACUUAAAUGUUUUUUAAAAAUUAGAUUUGAAUGGGCACAAAAUAUGAAUAUUUUGUUUCUUUAUGGAAGACCUGUGGAAAGGGUUUGAAGAUUUGCAAUGGGAGAAGUAUUUUGCAGAGCUAUCAAUGUCUAAAUAAUUUUUAAAAAAAAAAUAAUAAUAAAGGUAUUUAAGCAGUGUG